UUCUAACCUGCCUUGCCUUGCAUGGCUUGGAAACUGAAAACGUAGUGAAGCUGUUCUUUGAACCCAGGCAAUUUCUUGUACAACAUUGGCCCAAAAAGGCCAUGGUUGAGUAAUCAGAAGAUCAGAGAGAGAGAGGGAGAGAGAGAGAGAGAGAGAGAGUUUUGGCCUGAGAAGCUACACCGGCUAGAUCUCCCUUCUAAUAGUUUUAACAUAUAUGGACAAGUGUCACCGAGUGUGUCAGCGAUCAAUGAAAAUUCAAAAAGGCUCCCUCUCCCUCUAUCUUGCAUAACAUACCCAGAGUUGAGCUAUAAGUAUUGAGACAAGAAUCAUGAGUCAAAUAUAAGGGAGAGAGAGAAGAUAUAGAGGGUUGAGAUGAAGAGGAAAAGGGAGAUGGAGAAGGGGUCAGAGAUAAGCUCUGCCAUUGAAGAGCUCACUUUGAUGGUCAAAGUACUUAAACCUGGUGAUGAUCAUGAUGCUGCUCACAUCCCCACAAAGCCAUUUCUUUAUGUCUGCAACUUGGUUAUUCAAGUUCUUGAUAAGAUUGGACCAACGAUGGCUGUUCUUAGACAAGACAUUCAUCAGAAUAUUCAGAGAUUGGAAACGGCUCAUGAAUCUGAUCCUUUACUGAAUUCAAAUCUGGUUGAGAUCUUGAAGAAAGAAUCCAGUGAAGGCAAUGCAAGAAAAGUUACAAGCUGUAGCAGAGCCUUUCUAUGGCUUACCAGAUCAAUGGAUUUUACUUUGGCAUUAUUGCAAAAACUAGCAAAAGACCCUGAACAGAGGAUGGAACAAGCAGUGGAGGAGUCUUACAACACCACUUUAAAGCUAUGGCAUGGAUGGAUAUCAGCAGCUGCUUUCAAAGUAGUAGCUCUAAAACUAGUGCCUGACAACAAAACAUUCACUAAUCUCCUCAUGGGGAAAGAUGGCAACUGUGAGACCCUUAAAGAGGAAAUGCAAACCUUGAUUUCACUAUUUUUGCCUUUAUUAGAAGAAAACCACUCAAUCUUGAGUUUUUAUGGCUUGGAAAGGUUAAAGUCUACCUAAAGGAGAUAUCAUAUAAAGAAAACGGAACAUAUGUACACGGUCUGAUUUUGAAAAGCAAUGUUUCAUUUUUUACUCUUUUUUUUCCCCUGUAAUAUAAUACAAAUAUGUAAAUAGCUCGAUUUGCAAAAUCUGUCAAAGAAACAUGAAAUUAAGGGAGUAUAAUGUAUAUGUUAUACGUGUAAA